AUGUCGGAUUCAGAUCUCAGUAGGAAGUGGGACCGGUGCUUGGAGGAUGAGGUCGUGAAGAUAGGACGAAUGUGGCCACUGGCCUUGGGUUCUGGAAUGGGAUUGGGAAUGGCCUACUCCAACUGUCAGCAUGAUUUCCAGGCUCUGUAUCUACUACAUAGAAAACACGUCAAAGAGCAGGAGCAGUGACUCCUGCCCUCCCCCCCUCCCAAUGUCCUGGUAGGAGGGAAAGAGAAAUCCCUUUUAUUCAUCAGGAAUACUGAAGUACCCUGGAGUAAGCUGACAUUCCUCUGUAACAAUGUUGUCAGUAAUGCUUUCAAUUCCAUCACACUGUUUAUGUACUUGGAACCAAGUCUGUUUCUUGUUUUGUAUUUUCUCUCUGGAAAUUGCAAGGAGGUGGUCUUAAAAGAAAUAAACAAAAAUAGGCAGCCCCCCCCAAAGAAAAGCCGACUAUGCAGUACCAUGAAAUUGGAGUUUUUAGCAUUACAAUUGUCAAAAGAGGAUUCGCUGCCCUGAGGUUUUCUUUAAAUAGGCAUUUAAUGGAGGAUCUAGUUUACAAAAUCAAUUAAAUAACAACAACAACAACAAAAACUCCAGGAACUGAAAAUUUUAGAAAAUGCUGGCUUGCUAAACUCAAAACCUUAUUGCACCUCAGGAUUUUUUUUUUAAUGUGACCAUGAACUGGCCUAAAUAAAGAAAAAUACAUAAAUAUAUGUUAUGUUAUAUAUAUGUUUGCCUCCGUGUGUGUGUAUGUUUUUUUAGUAAGGGCCAUACUAGAAAAUUGAAACGUUCUUUUUAUGAAACCAAGUGUUCCUUGACCAACUUUCAGUCUUCAAAUUACACCUCACUUCCCAAGAACAUAUCUACUGGGUAAAGAGGGCACCUUUGCCCUUCCUACUGUGCUUUGAAAGCUUCCAUCCUCAGAAUUGCUAAUGGCAAAACAGGCAGCCUGUAGAGAAUCAAAGGACAAGCCUCUCUGGAUCUCCAGCCACUCUUUGAUUUUUUUCUUCUUAUGACUCGUUCUCUGUAACUCAAAGGUAAUACUGGGAACGGUCAUUAUUUUCCGUGUAGGCAAGAUGGCUGAGCUGUGGCUGGCUGAGUCAGGGAGGGCCUCUAUUAAGUGCCCCAUCUAUAGACAUAUACCCAAUCCUGAAAGCCUGCAUCCCGUAUUAUAGACACAUCUUCCCCUAUUCUUUGCUUUUGAGUUAUUCUUGCCCUUUAGCUGCCAACUCUAUGUAGAACACAGUAUCUAUAAUCCGUUCAGUUUUUUAAAUGAAUCAUAUACUUCCAGUGAGAUUUUUGGAAUGCUAUGAUGUUUCUGCUGACAUUACUUGAAGAUUAUCUGUUGAUAACUUUGAUAAUCAAUAAGUGGAUAAUAGUUUCCAUGCAUUCACCUGAACAGCAGGGUGUCAGGUGGAAUUAUGUCAAUCUUGGGACAGAAAAAAGGGAGUUGAGAUGGUUCUUGGUUAAGAUUAAUUUUAGCUAAAAAUAUAAUAGCUAUUGUAUUAUAUAUGUAUAUAUACUACAUAUGUAUAUAUACAAUAUAAUAUUUCAUGUUCACUAAACUGUUGCUAAAGUUACACUGUUUACAAAAUAGUCUCCCAGUUCGGGGACAUGGACAUAGUACCCACAGUGAAGUUGGUGGUUGUCCAGAAUAUUAGACAGCAAACAAAAUUGAGACUUGGCCCAAUUCCCUAACUCUACCAGUUUGAGCAGUUUGGAGGGUUUUCAUAUUCUAAAGUAGGUUUGCAGACAUGUUACUUGAUUGGCUAGUGUCUCGAACUGAUUGGCAGGUAUAAAAUAGCAAGUGCUGAUACUCAGGAAAACUUAUGGAGACUGUUUCUUAGAAAUCAAACUUUUCUAGAAGUGAUUAUUCUUUUCUGGGGGGUCUUUGAGCACUUUGAAAA